AUGCUCGCAAGUCCGACCAAGACAAACAUAUAUUAUCUUCUUGAGAACGACUCUGAUGCCAACUCAGCUGGUGUACCGGUCGCGGAUGCUGUAGGGGUCGGUGUGGAGUUCGUGGAAGAUUUCGAAUUUGAAUCAGCAGAAAGAUGUGCGGAGGAAAUGGCGGAGGAGAUUGCAAGGGUGGCAAAAGAGGUCGGAGAGGUUGUCGGACUGGAUGAAGAAGCGGAAGACGAGGUGAUCACCGCGCCGUUCACAAUUGAUACUCCUCUCCCUGCCAUGCAGCAGAUAGCGGCUUCCUGGCCAUUGCCGCAGCAGUAA